CUUAAACCCCAGCACGACGCCCACAAAGUCCCUCCCGAGCUUCUUCCCGCUUCGUUGUUGCAAGGGAGCUCAUUAUGGCGGAUCUGCCUCCUCCCGUCCAAGGACCAACCGCAAAGGAGAAGAAGUAUGAUCGCCAGCUUCGACUUUGGGGGCCCACUGGCCAACGCGCGCUCGAAGAAUCGCAUAUUCUGCUCGUAAACUCCGGUCCCGGUGUUGUUGGUAUCGAAACAUUAAAGAACUUGGUGCUUCCUGGCGUUGGCUAUUUUACGAUACAGGAUUCAGCUGUGGUCUCUGAGGCAGACUUGGGCGUGAACUUCUUCCUCGAAGAAAGGCAUUUGGGGGGUUCCAGGGCUGAGCAUACUUGCAAUCUACUGAAGGAGCUGAACCCGGAUGUACAAGGCGACUUCAUCACUGAGCCCGUCGAGUCCUUCCUCGCGAAACCCGACUCGUUGAAGCCAUAUACCCUCGUGAUCGUAGCCGCACCAAUCCGCCCAGAGCUCCUUGCCAAAAUAUCCGCCUACGCAAGCGCCAACUCAGUCCAGCUCUUCUAUAUCCAUUCCGUCGGCUUCUAUUCGCACUUCUCAAUACACCUUCCUCCAUCAUUUCCCAUUGUAGAUACCCACCCAGACCCUGAGACCACCACUGAUCUUCGCCUCCUCAAACCGUGGGCCGAGCUCAUAAUGUUCGCAGAAGAGAAGACGAAGAGUUUGGACACCAUGGCCUCAGAUGAUCACGGUCAUGUUCCAUACGUUUGUCUGCUGCUUCACUACCUUGAAGUAUGGAAGAAGGAUCAUGACGGUCAACAACCGCGGACCUACAAAGAGAAAACCGAGUUCAGAGACAUGGUGAAGAAGGCUGCGCGAACAGACAACCCGGAGGGCGGAGAGGAGAAUUACGACGAAGCAGUCGCUGCAGUUCUCAAGUCAUUGAAUCCUCCAGAGCCGAGUGGUGCUGUGAAGGAGCUUUUCAAGGACCCGGAAUGCCUACUUCUAAAGGACGACGCCUCUAGCUUCUGGAUAAUAGCGCACGCGGUCUCGCUGUUCUAUACCAAAUAUGGAGUUCUGCCCUUGCCUGGUUCCGUGCCCGAUAUGAAGGCUCGCUCAUCCGAUUACAUUCAGCUACAGAACGUGUACAAAUCGAAAGCACGGAAGGAUCUUGCGGAGGUGCUGGAUAGUGUUCGGUUCCUGGAGAGGAAUAUCAAUCGGAGUACGCCGAUCGAAGAAAAGGAUGUGGAAGCUUUUUGUAAGAAUGCAGCACAUAUCAAAUUAGUUCGGGGACGGCCAUUCCAAGUAGUGCAAGCUGGUGAGACAUUGAAGUGGGGAGAUACGGCGAAAUCUCUUGCCCAAAAUCUCACCUUCCAAGACUCGCUUAUUCCCCUAUACAUUGCUUUCCUCGCAUUCGACGAAUUCACGGCAAUGCAUGACAAAGACGCUUUGGGUGGAACCCCCCGGGCUCCUGGUGAGACAAAUCCAGAAGUGGAUACCGAGAAGAUGACUGGAAUUGCCUUCAAGAUUAUGGAUGAUUUGAUCAAAGAGGCUGGUACGUUCAUCGAAGACCCAGACUACUCGGAAGCCAAGACAUGGGUGGGAGAGUACGUUCAGGAGCUUGUCCGAGCUGGCGGUGCUGAACUUCACAACAUUGCGACUUUAACUGGCGGUCUCGUUUCGCAAGAGGUGAUUAAAGUUAUGACGGAGCAGUAUGUACCGGUAGACAAUACUUGCAUUUUCGAUGGCGUGAAGAGCAAGACUGGGGUUUUUCGAGUAUAGAGGAAUGGUGAGGGUGGAUAGAGGUCUUAGUUAAUGGUGCGUUCAGCAUGGCAUGGCAUCAUGGACAAGAGACUUGGGCAUGCACUCAUCGCCAUGCUAUUUCCAGCAGUCCAAAGAGAUGAUCUGCUCAUAAAAUUUCAAUCAAUUGAGGAUCACAGAUCAUCCUCAUGCUCUCCGGAG